AUCCCCUCCUAAAACCAAUCCCUCUCAUCUCCCUCUCUCCCAGCUGUGAGCCGAGUGAUUGACAGGACCUAAAGACAUGGGGAAGCAGAACAGCAAGCUCCGCCCUGAGGUGAUGCAGGACCUCCUGGAGAGCACCGACUUCACGGAGCACGAGAUCCAGGAGUGGUACAAGGGCUUCCUGAGGGACUGCCCCAGCGGCAACCUCUCCAUGGAGGAGUUCAAAAAGAUCUACGGUAACUUCUUCCCCUACGGUGACGCUUCAAAGUUCGCCGAGCAUGUCUUCCGCACAUUCGAUGCCAAUGGUGAUGGGACAAUAGACUUUCGGGAGUUUAUCAUCGCAUUAAGUGUGACGUCACGUGGAAAGCUGGAGCAGAAGUUGAAAUGGGCGUUCAGUAUGUACGACCUGGACGGAAACGGGUACAUCAGCAAAUCUGAGAUGCUGGAGAUUGUUCAGGUGAGUGUGCAUGGAGGCUACAAGAGCUGGAAAAAAUAA